AUGACAGUCAUCAGUCCACUAGGUUCCUCACUUUCUCUUCUCAAUCGGCUCGAUGGCUCGAAGCUUCCAAGUGGCAGACGAUCUCAAUCAUGUCUUCCUACCAAUAAUCAUAUGGCUGCCAUCGCUGCGGUCCGGUGGCUGUUUGUAGCAAUGUUCCGGUACAUCUUCUACCCCAAGCGUUGGGACAAAGAACUCAUCGCAGAUCUACACAAAUUUGAGCAGACGAAAUAUCAGAAGUAUGAGCCGCAGCUGGUGCUGAAUCAAGAAGACGCCAAGAAACGCUCGAAGGAGCUUGCUAAUGAACAUCAGACCAAAAACCGAACAAAGAUAGAUGUGGAUGAUGGGCCAUUUUGUUGCGGCGAUCUCAGAUUCAAUGCACGGCGAUCGACGAUGAGUGAAUCAGAUCCGAAGUUCGUCCUCGUCAACGAUCUUCUAGAAGCGCUCAACAUUCUCGACAAAGUCCAACUAUAUCUUGGUGAAGUCUCCGAAAAUGCACUUAGAACUAUAAAGACAGUCUACAAAGUCAACCUCUAUGGUCCUCUGGCACCUUUCGAUCCACACUCGACUUGGCUCUAUGCUAAGGCUAGAAACGGUACAUUCUAUGCUUUUAUGUAUUGCGAGACACUUCAACCCUUCAGCUCUGUGGACCGAUAUAUGUCAGUCACUUGUGAAGGAGAACAUUCGGAUCAGCGGCAAUAUCGGAUUGGAGUGUAUGAUGCAGAUUGGAUCACCGAUAAAGCUGGCAAACCAGAAUGGGGCACGUUUGGAGAUAGAAAUUUGGACAAGGUGAUGGCGAUGCCUGCUAAGCUUCAUCUUAAGCUUGAACAUACAACUUUGGAUGGUUACUUUGAAGAUAUGGUUCAGGAGGCCGCAGAAGUCGAGCAAAGCUUCUGA